AUCAGAGAUAGAAAACACAGAAACAUAAUUUAUAAUUUGUGAUUUUAUUCUGUGAAUCACCAAUGUCUUUCCUGAAUCAUUCACCAGUUCUUCAUUUUCCAUUGUAGAUAAUCAAACCCAACACAACACACAUGUCACUCAACUACACCUCACUACUCUGCGUGUUUCUCUGUUACAAGUUAUCUAAAUCCUUAAAUUCCCACAAUUCUAUUUUGCUUCUUUUUUGCUAUUUUUAACCCACCGAACACCGUCAAAAGUUUCAUCACUUCAUCCAUUUCAUUUGUACUCUGUUCUGAGCUCUGAUUGAUUAUGGUGUGAAAUUCAGUUUGUGAAAAGAAAAAAAAAUGUUUAAGCCUGUGAGAUGGAGGAGUGAGAAGAACAAGAUCAAAGGGGUGUUCAGAUUGCAGUUUCAUGCAACCCAGUUGGCACAGUUCGAAGGAGAUGCGUUAAUGAUAUCCAUGAUUCCCGCUGAUGUUGGAAAACCGACAUCAAAACUAGAGAAAGUCAAAGUUCGAGACGGAAGCUGUCACUGGGAAAAACCACUUUUUGAAACCGUGAAAUUUUCUCAGGAUCCAAAAACCGGAAGAUAUAAUGAGAAAAUCUAUCACAUUACUGUGGCAAAGGAUUCUUCACGAUUCGGUUCUGUUGGAGAGGUUUCGAUCGAUUUUGCAAGUUAUGCAGAGGCUACGAAGCUUUCUUCUCUAUCUCUUCCUCUUAAAAAUGCUACUUCUACAGCUGUAUUGCAUGUAUCGAUUCAAAGGGUGCAAGGAACUUCUGAUCAGAGGGACGUUGAUGGAAUUGCGAAUGAUGAUCACCAUGAUCGAAGCUUGAGGUCACACUUUGGCAAUGGUGACUUAGAAGAGAGUUCCGAUACCAGUUCGGGGCUUAAUACCCCACGCGAACGCGAACCUAAGAACGCUAAACUGACGCAUGAAUCCUCAAUCACAAAAGAUAAAUCAUCACAAUGGGAUUGGUUAAACGGUUCGGAUCCGAAAGUAAGUACUGAUGAUUCUUCAACAAGUACUUUAGGAGAAACUUCCGAAGAGAGUUCUCCAGAUGCCAUGAUUCAAAACCUUAAGGUCAAAGUUGCAGCGUUGACCAGGCAAGCGAAUGUUUCAGAGUUAGAAUUACAAACGCUUCGUAAGCAAAUCGUGAAAGAGAUGAAAAAGAAUCAAGAGAUUUCGAGGGAAGUAGCUACCCUUAAAGAAGAACGAAAUAUGUUAAAGGAUGAGUGUGAAAAACUUAAGGCGGAAGAAGUCAAAGUCAACGGUAUGUUGUUGAUUGACCAAGGCAAUCCUUGGGCUCUUCUUGAUGAACUGAGACAAGAACUAAACCAUGAGAAGGAUAUAAGCUCGAAUCUUCGGUUACAACUUCAAGAAACGCUAGAGUCAAAUGCUGAGUUGGUUCUUGCUUUAGAGAUGUCUAAGUCAAAGUCAGAGUUAAAGUCAAGGUCAAAGUCAAAGUCGGUGUGUUCUAAAUCUGAAAUGGAUGAUGAUGAAGAACAAAGGGAGUUAGAAGCGAUCGUUAAAGAACAUAACGGUGCGAAAGAAACAUAUUUACUAGAGCAAAAGAUGAUAGAGCUUUCUGCUGAAUUGGAAUUAUAUAAACGAGAUAAAGACGAACUCGAAAUGCAUAUGGAACAACUCGCACUUGAUUAUGAGAUCAUGAAGCAGGAAAAUCAUGAUUUAUCUUUUAAACUCGAGCGUAGUCAACUUCAAGAACAAUUAAAGAUGCAAUACGAGUGUACGUCAUCUUACACAACGGUAACGGAACUCGAAACACAGAUCGAGAGCAUAGAAGACGAUCUCAAGUCAAAGUCAAAAGAAUUGUCAAAGUCAAAUCUUGUCAUAAAAGAGCUUGAGUUUUACAUCAAGAAUCUCGAGGAAGCGUUAAAGAAUCAAGCGCAUGAAUUUGAGACCGAUUUUAAAGAACUAAUGCGUUCGAAAAUCGAGCAGGAACAACGAGCCAUUCGCGCAGAGGAUGAUUUGAGGAAAAUGAAAUUGCAAAAUGUAAGUGCGGCCACACGUCUUCAAGAUGAACUUAGAAGGCUUUCGCAAAAAAUGGCAUCUACGUUUGAAGUAAAUGAGAAGGCGGCUGUGAACAUCACAAACGAAGCUAAUAAACUUUGUGUAGAAAAACAGGUUCUUGAAGAUACCCUCGUGAAAGUAACACGAGAUUUACAGGAUCUUGGUGACCGUUUUCAUGAAAAACUAGUUUUUCUUCAAGAUCAAGUAACUCUCAAGUUAAUACAGCUAGAGAAGAUUCAGAAACAGGUUGAAAAUAUGACUGAAAUUCAUAAUCUUGAAAGUGAAAGAUUGAAGGAACUUGCUACAGAUUGCUCUGAAAACUUCUUUUUAUGUAAAGAGAAAGAUCUUCGACUUGAAAUCGAAGAGUUGGAAAGAAAAUUGGAUGUUCUUGUUCAGAAAACCAAGAAUUCACAGUAACGAUGCGUUUUUACUGAAGAUGAAGAGGGACAAAGAUAGAUGUGAACAUUGGUAAAGAUUUAGUGCAUGUCUAUAUACAUAUUAGUUUUACAAUGUAGGUUAGUAUGAUAAAAAUCUGUUGAUAUGGUCGUAUUUAUAUAAAUAUAGUUUUUUUUUAAACUUUAUUUUAGCUAAUGGUGCUUCCUGAAAAUCUUAUAUUCCUGAUUUGAUUC